AUCAUUGUGACGUCACAUGUAUUGUUAGGGAUCAAAAAUGUAUCAGGUAUACGUGCUAUCAACUUGAUGGGAUCUUCGUCGUCUACAAGAAAACGCCACAGUGACGUCACAUCUGCCAGCCGUUCUAGUCCACAUUUCGGGGUUCUGGCGCUGGUAAACAGGCGGUCACCCCAGAGAGAACGACCCAAAGAGCCACCUGAUAAGGACACAGAGAACGCGAAAAUUUCUGUCGCCAAACUCUACGAACAGAGAUACCGCCCUGCCUUCCGCGGAAUCGGGGCCCAGUACAAUGAUUUGUUCAAAACAAAACCUUUUCCAAAAGCAGCAGCUAGAACUGAUGUGGGUCUUGUCUUCAGAGUCCGGAGAAGUGCUUUAAACAUCCACCCCUUUGACGAUACUGAGGCCCCUCAGCGCAUUAAGGAGAACACCAUCAGUAUCAUGAACGACAACCCCGACCUACAAAGCAUCUGCCGCCAUUUCCAAGGAAAGAAAAGCAGUUGAUUGGGACGAUCAUUUAAAAAAAAAAAUGGAAUGCUUACCAUUUCAUAUUCAUUUUUACUGCAUCGAUGAAGUAACUGAUCUUCAUAUUUUUUAAGAAAAUAAAUUGUUUGCUAAAAUGUUAGAUAUUCAUAGACUGAAUGUUUUCAGUUGCAUGGUUUUACUAGAGUUGUAUUACUUCUGAUAGAUGAAAUACCGCUUUUACAUGUUUUAGUAAUUUUUUCUCUAUUUCCUUAAAGAGACAUGGACACGAUUUGAGACCAAAAAUUUUGUAUUUAUUUUUCAUGUAUAAAAUGGUUUACUGGUGCAUUUUAAAUCAUUGACCAAAAUAUUGAAUGUUAGAGUCAAGUUUCAAGCAACAUACAGAGGUAAGAAUCGGUUUUUUUGUAAACAAAGCUCGAGUCUUAUAGUCGUUUACAAAAUAUGCAAUGUAGAGAUUUACCAUUUCUUAGACAAAAUGACAUGUAAAAGACAAUUUAAACUAAAACAAUAUCUUCAUAAAUACUAGUAUCAACCAAAACAAGAUACACUUGAUUGAAACCUACAUCAAUACAACGCAUAUAUGUAAAAAUGACAAUAUCCGAGCUUUGUUUACAAAACAAAGAAUUAUGAACUCUGUAUCUUGCUUAUAACUUGAUGUUUGACUUUCAAAUUUUGACAUAGCAUUAAAAACUUCUAUAUCUAUCAGUAUAAACAUUGAAAAUGGAAAAAUAAAAUUUGAAAAUUUUAAGUCAAAUCGUGUCCAAGUCCCUUUAAAAAUUUAAUUGUAUGCACACCUUAAAAAGAAAGCUCUCUCUCUCUCUCUCUCUCUCUCUCUCUCUCUCUCUCUCUCUCUCUCUCUAGCUCUCAUUGUCCACGUUUACAGGAAGGGAUUUAAGUACUUCAAUUUUUUAUUACUGUCGAGCAAUAGGUUGCGUAGAAGGAACAACCAAUCCUUUCAUAUAAGUCAUAAACUGUAAUUAUUUUAAAAUCUGACGUCUGAGCGUGAGUCCCGUGCUU